AUGUCCCAACAAACCGUGGAGAACAAUUUUGAAAAUACAUUUACGAUUACAGCUAACGACGAGAGAAUGUACGUCGUACCCAGUUUGUUAAAGUCGGCUUACUACGCGUGUAUCAAGAUCCAGCGGGACAAGUACGACGAGCUGCAGGCUCCGGACGUAGACUUGCAGAUUUGUUGCGAGUCGGUUUUUCAAAUAUUGAAACUCAACACGAACAGUGGUGGCUUCGACCCGAUGGGGGAUAGGAGGUAUAUGUUUGGUAAGUUGCAGCCUGCUGUAGUCGAACGCAACUUAAUCAGUGACAUAUGUGAGGAGGCCGCGUAUUACGGACACAUUGAUUGUCUGACGUUCGCUCGCGAAAUUGGCAUUCCAUGGAGCGAUUCGGACUCAAUAUCGCGCUAUUCAGCGUGUGAAGGGGCCGUGCUCUAUGGUAACCUAGACUGCUUGAUAUAUGCUCAUGUGAAUGGUAGUUGGGGCACAAGUACGUGUGAAUUAGCCGCGACACACGGAUACCUAGACUGUCUUAUGUAUGCGCAUGAGAAUAGAUUCCCAUGGAACGAAGAUGUGUGUACUUCCGCUGCAGCAAAUGGAAACCUGCAUUGCCUGACGUACGCACACGAGAAUGGAUGCCCGUGGGAUGAAAUAACGUGUUCUGCUGCUGCAUAUAGUGGACACCUCGACUGCUUGACGUACGCGCAUGAGAAUGGAUGCCGAUGGAACGGAGGUACGUGUUAUUUUGCUGCAGAAAAUGGAUACUUUGAAUGCCUGAUGUACGCGCACGAGAAUGGAUGCCCGUGGGACGGUGUUUUGUGUUCUAAUGCUGCAUGGGAUGGAUACAUCAGCUGUCUAUCAUCAAUAUGGGAUGAUGAAGAACCUUUUACUUCAACUUAUGGACACCGAAAGUGCUUGACUUACAUGCAUGAGAAUGGAUUUCCAUGGAACACAGAUUCGUGUUCUUUGGUUGCAAGAUAUGGAAAACUAGACGGCUUGAAGUACGCGCAUGAGAAUGGAUGUCCCUGGGACAAAGAUACGUGUAAUUUGGCUGCAAAAUAUGGACACCUGGACUGCUUGACGUACGCACACGAGAAUGGAUGCCCUUGGGACGAAGAUACGUGUAAUUUAGCUGCAGAAAAUGGAAACCUCAAAUGCCUGACGUACGCGCAUGAGAAUGGAUGCCCGUGGGACAAAGAUACGUGUAAUUUGGCUGCAAAAUAUGGACACCUGGACUGCUUGACAUACGCACACGAGAAUGGAUGCCCGUGGGACAAAGAUACGUGUAAUUUGGCUGCAAAAUAUGAACACCUGGACUGCUUGACGUACGCACACGAGAAUGGAUGCCCUUGGGAUGAAGAUACGUGUAAUUUGGCUGCAGAAAAUGGAAACCUCAAAUGCCUGACGUACGCGCAUGAAAAUGGAUGCCGAUGGAACGGAGGUACGUGUUAUUUUGCUGCAGAAAAUGGAUACUUUGAAUGCCUGAUGUACGCGCACGAGAAUGGAUGCCCGUGGGACGGUGUUUUGUGUUCUAAUGCUGCAUGGGAUGGAUACAUCAGCUGUCUAUCAUCAAUAUGGGAUGAUGAAGAACCUUUUACUUCAACUUAUGGACACCGAAAGUGCUUGACUUACAUGCAUGAGAAUGGAUUUCCAUGGAACACAGAUUCGUGUUCUUUGGUUGCAAGAUAUGGAAAACUAGACGGCUUGAAGUACGCGCAUGAGAAUGGAUGUCCCUGGGACAAAGAUACGUGUAAUUUGGCUGCAAAAUAUGGACACCUGGACUGCUUGACGUACGCACACGAGAAUGGAUGCCCUUGGGACGAAGAUACGUGUAAUUUAGCUGCAGAAAAUGGAAACCUCAAAUGCCUGACGUAUGCGCAUGAGAAUGGAUGCCCGUGGGACAAAGAUACGUGUAAUUUGGCUGCAAAAUAUGGACACCUGGACUGCUUGACAUACGCACACGAGAAUGGAUGCCCGUGGGACAAAGAUACGUGUAAUUUGGCUGCAAAAUAUGGACACCUGGACUGCUUGACGUACGCACACGAGAAUGGAUGCCCUUGGGACGAAGAUACGUGUAAUUUGGCUGCAGAAAAUGGAAACCUCAAAUGCCUGACGUACGCGCAUGAGAAUGGAUGCCCGUGGGACAAAGAUACGUGUAAUUUGGCUGCAAAAUAUGGACACCUCAAAUGCCUAAUAUACGCGCUUGAAAAUGGAUGCCCUUGGGAUGAAGAUACGUGUAAUUUGGCUGCAGAAAAUGGAAACCUCAAAUGCCUGACGUACGCGCAUGAGAAUGGAUGCCCGUGGGACAAAGAUACGUGUAAUUUAGCUGCAGAAAAUGGAAACCUCAAAUGCCUGACGUAUGCGCAUGAGAAUGGAUGCCCGUGGGACAAAGAUACGUGUAAUUUGGCUGCAAAAUAUGGACACCUGGACUGCUUGACAUACGCACACGAGAAUGGAUGCCCGUGGGACAAAGAUACGUGUAAUUUGGCUGCAAAAUAUGGACACCUGGACUGCUUGACAUACGCACACGAGAAUGGAUGCCCGUGGGACAAAGAUACGUGUAAUUUGGCUGCAAAAUAUGGACACCUGGACUGCUUGACGUACGCACACGAGAAUGGAUGCCCUUGGGAUGAAGAUACGUGUAAUUUGGCUGCAGAAAAUGGAAACCUCAAAUGCCUGACGUACGCGCAUGAAAAUGGAUGCCAGUGGGAUUGGAGAACGUUUCAUGCGGCUGAGAAUUCUGGACACCUAGAAUGUCUUCAAUAUUUAAUCGAAAAUGGAUGCCCUAUGCGAUGACGCAGGUAUUACAUUUAUAUUAUAAGUAACCGUACAUUAAAUUAUAUAUUAUAGCAGAUGUUUCGAAUCGAUGGUAAAUUAAAUUCUAAUAAAAUUAACGGUAACAUGGCGAGUGUCGGAGUGUCAACCAUGUGUUAUUUGUGUAGACACAAACGUUUAUACUUCAUAGUUGAUAUAAUGAUACAUGUAUAAAUUAAAUGAAAUAGCAAUUUGAAGUAAGUAUUAUUAAAACACAAAAUAGAGGCUAAGAAAACAUUUAUUUCAUGAGCAACACAUUUUAAAUUUCAACUUUAAGUAACAUCUGAAUACAGUAGGAGGUACAUACAUUUUUCAAUAAAUUUUUUUUUCAUUUUUAAAUCAUUAAAACAUAUUGUUGCGUGCACCCGACUUACAGGAGGUGGUGAAACGAUAGGAUGUUGGUAGAAGCGUCAAAUGAUCAACAAAUUGUGGUUCGAUGCGUUAUUUAUUAAAAUUGUAAAAAUAUAAAACAAGUUGAAUUAGGUUAUUCUAUUAGGUUAUUCGAAUUAACGAAAAAAACUAGUGUCUUAGAAAAUAAGCGAAUUCUUUGAAUUCUAAACUUAAAAGAAUACCUAACACUGUUAUUAUAUAACACGUCUUGUUCAAUCAAUUAUUUCUUACGGAAUUCAAAUUUUUGGUGGUACAUACUAAAACCACCUAAGCAACUUCGAAGUAACACUAUGUUCACUACUCAAGUUCAUUUUUUAUAUGCCUUAUAUAGUUAUAUGUUUCAAAUUUCUAAAUUAUAAAAAGAGUUAAAAUAUAUUCUAAACUUAAAAUUCUUGUAUUUUAAAAAUGUUGGUAAUUAUGUACCUAUAAUCUUAAGGAUAACAUCCAAAUUCAAUGUUAGUGUUCCUAAAAUUAGAACAGUUUUGAACAACAAUUCCCUAAUGAAAAUUUAUUUAAUUUUGUAAUUAUCAUGAUUCAAAUGUUACUUAAUUCUAAAAUAUCUUUAUUUAUUUCAAUAUGUUUGUUAAUAACAUUAUUACUUAAGUUUAUCUAAUAAAUCAAAUCCUUUUCUUAUUAACAUUAAGUCAAUGUAAGUAAAUUAUACUUUGUGGAACUCAAUAAGUCAUUGACUUUUGAGGAGAUCCAUCACUUAUUUUUAAAUGUUGUGAUAUUUUAUUAAAUUGUAAUGUCUAUUUAUUUGAAUGAAAAUAUUUUUUUUUAUUAUUUGUAUAGAAUAAGUUAAGUACCACUAAAUUUACUUCAUUAUUAGAUUAUUUAAAACUAGGUUAAGAAAUAAUUUAUGUAACAAAUUACAAUUCUUUUAUUACCCUUAAUUGUUACCUACGACCUGGUAUAGAUCCAGGAGAUCCUUAUGUAGGUAAAAUUAUUUAUUUAUUUAUAUAAUAAAUUGUCAUACGUCUUGAAAUGCAUACAUUUAAAAUAUAAAUAAAAAUAUUAAUAUUGUUA